GGGACAGAUGUCUUGGGAUCUUUAACAUUUGGGAUGCUGCGAAUGCCGAAGUUAACUGGAAUACCUCCGGGGAGGGCGGGCCGGGGGGAGGCUCAGGGGGAGGGACAGCGGCCUGGACACGCGCGCCCUGCGGCUGCGGGGCCCGACCGGGGCGCGCGGGCGCGGGCGCGCGGCGCUGCGGCUCCGGGGGACAGCUGGGGAAACGCGGGGCGGCCGGCCCGGCCCGGCCCAGGCUGGGGAGGGUGCCGCGCCUCCUUGCCGCGGCCCCCCGCCCGGCAGCCCGCCAUGGAGGGGAAGGACGAGGCCAGCGACACCGACAGCGGCGUCAUCCUGCAGUCGGGCCCCGACAGCCCGGUGUCCCCGCUGAAGGAGCUGCGGGAGGUGCGGGAGGUGCGGGAGCUGACCCACGCCAUGCGCAAGCAGCAGCAGGCCCUGGAGGAGCGCCUGGGGGCCUGCCUGCAGGAGCUGAGGGCGCUGUGUCUGCGCGAGGCGGAGUUGACGGGCGUCUUGCCAGCCGACUACCCCCUCAAACCAGGGGAGAAGGCACCCAAAGUCCGCCGCAGGAUCGGGGCCGCCUACAAGCUGGAUGAGCAGGCUCUGCGCAGAGAGGACCCCCUGAGCAGCCUGGAGCGUGAGCUGGCCCUGCAGCUGCAGAUCGCGGAGGCGGCGCGGCGCCUGAGCCGGGAGGAGAAGCUGAGCCGCCAGGCCCGCCGGCAGCGGAAGCACGCCGUGCUGCGCGAGGAGGAGAAGCUGCGGGCGCUGGAGCGCUGCCUGGGCGAGCAGAGGCGCCACCGCGCGUCCCUCCCCGCCGCCGCGCCGCCCCUGGGCCACGAGCUCUGCGCCUCGGACGACAGCUCCCUGUCGGAUGCGCUGCUCCCGGAGGAAGAGGAGGCCCCGGUGCCGAAACCCGCCACGGAGUCCCCGCCCCGGAGCCUGGAGGGACUGCAGCCCGCAGGGCCCGAGACGGGGGGCCUGGACCCGGCCCCCAUCCAGAACGGCCCCUGGAAGGAGACCAGCCUGGACCAGCCCUACGAGAAGCCGGGGAAGACUUCGGACCCCAGUAGCGAGUCCAGCAGCCCGGCCACCGUGCCGCACGAGUGGCCUGCCCCCUGCCACGUGGUCCCUGUCCGCAGCGUCCCUGGCCAGCGGCAGGGCCGGACCAGCGCGCCCACCACGCCGGACAUGCAAGGGAAGAGAGCCCAGUCGCAGUCUCUGAGGAUGGACUCCUUCCGGGCAGGCCCCCGCCGCCGCCCCACGCACUACACGGUGACGGUGCCCAGCUCCUGCUGGCCCCCGCGCGGGGCCCCGCGGCCGCCCCCCGCGCCCCGCGGCUGCUCCGAGGACAGCGGCUCGGACGGCUCCAGCGUGUCGCACGCCACCCCCCCCGGCGGCAGCAGCCCCGACAUCUACACCCUGCAGCCGCUGUCCCCGCCCAGGGCGCCCGGCUGCCACGGGGCCUGGGGCCCGGACACCCCCCGGCCGUCGCUGCUGCCGCUGCCGCCGCCGCCCGGGCCCUUCCCGGCCGAGCUGUACAUGCUGGUGACCGAGGGCCGCCUGCCGCCCGGCGAGCGGAGCCGCGUGACCCUGGAGGAGGAGCGGCUGGCGCUGCGCCUCCAGCAGCUGCAGCAGCUGCAGCAGCACGUGCGCCCCCGUGGCCGCCCGGCGCGCGCGCCCUCCCUCAAGGACAGCCCCACCGGCCGCGCGCUCUGCAGGGCGGCCGUCAGCCAGGAGCUGCAGUGCUGGCACGAGCGAGCCCGCCUGCGGAGCGCGCGCCCCCACUCGCUGGACCGCCAGGGCGCCUUCCGCGUGCGCAGCCUGCCCCUGGGGCGGUCCCUGGGGCCCCGGACGCAGGUGCCGGCUGUGUGUGUGCUCCGCAGAUCGCCCGAGGGGGCCCCCGUGCAAGUCUUCGUGCCUGAGAACGGGGAGAUCAUCAGCCAGGUGUAG